AAGUAAUGAAAGUUAGUUAAUGGGAUAGUAAUCGCAUAAUUGACAAAAUCCUGGGGUCGUUUAAUACUAUCGAAGAUUAUUCGUACACAAUUCUCCUUACGAUUAAAUAGCAGGUCUGAUUCAUGCUUCCUGCUAUUGCCAGCCCUGAUUCAUAGAGGAUCAUGGUUGACCGAUUGGUAAACAGUGAAGCCAAUGCAAGACGCAUCACGAUGGUGGAAAACUGCUUCGGCAGUUCAGGACAGCCACUGGCAGUACCUGGAAGGGUUCUCGUAGGAGAAGGUGUAUUGACAAAGAUGUGUCGAAAGAAAGCCAAGCCUAGACAGUUCUUUUUAUUUAACGACAUAUUAGUAUACGGGAAUAUAGUGAUUAAUAAGAAAAAGUACAACAAGCAACAUAUUAUACCAUUGGAGGAAGUGAAACUUGAAUCUUUAGCUGAUGAUGGUCAGUAUCGCAAUGGCUGGCUCAUUAAAACAGUAACAAAGUCGUUUGCUGUUUAUGCUGCUACUGCAACAGAAAAGCAAGAAUGGAUGGCUCAUAUUACAAAAUGUAUCGAGGAUUUAUUAAGAAAGAGUGGUAAGAAACCGGUAGAAAUUCAUGCAGCGGUUUGGGUACCAGAUAAUGAUGCACCUAUUUGUAUGCAUUGUAAAAAUACACAAUUCACGGUUUUAAAUAGACGGCAUCAUUGUAGACAAUGUGGAGCAGUAGUAUGUGGACCUUGCAGCAAUAAGAAGUUGUUAUUACCUGGACAAGGAAAUGGAAAAGCCGUCCGUGUAUGUUUGCAGUGUUAUGAUGCAGCUAGUAAAGUUAAAGCAUCAGCUCCAGUUAAUAUCGACAGUAUAAACAACAAAGAUCAACAACGUAACUCUGCAGACAGUUCAGGAGGUGACAGUUCUGGUGAUGACGACGAUGGAAAUAAAGAUGAAAGUCACGAUGAACCUAAAUUUUAUUCACCACUCGCUCGAUGAAGAUGGCUUAAAUAUAACAUUUAUGAAAACGAAAAAAAAAAAAAA